CUACACAUCUUGCCUCAAACCUGUAGGGAAUAUUAUUGAAUACACGCAACAUAUCCAAAAGCUGGGAAACGUUUUGUUUGAGCUACUAUCCGAGGCACUGGGGCUAAAACCAGACCAUUUGAAAGAAAUGGAGUGUGCCAGAGGUGUUUAUCAUGACCACAUCGGUGGUCUGCAGGUUUUCCAUCAGGACCAGUGGGUUGAUGUAUCUCCCAUACCCGGAGCUCUGGUUAUCAACAUUGGCGAUCUAUUACAGCUGAUUUCUAAUGACAAGUUUAAAAGUGUUGAACAUAGAGUACUUUCUAGCAAGAUUGGCCCGAGAAUUUCAGUGGCAUCGUUCUUUAGUACGCGUUUAUCUCCCUCUUCAAAGAUGUAUGGCCCCAUAGAAGAGCUGUUAUCCGCUGAAUAUCCUCCUAUAUAUCGCGAGAUCACAAUAAAGGAGUUUUUCACACGUUAUAGCUCCAAAGGAUUGGAUGGACAAUCAACACUAAUCUAUUUCAAGGUGUGAAUACUACUACACUUACUCUGGAGACGUGUAAUGUGUGUGAGGAAAAAAAAUUCUACAUGGUAAGAUGAAAUGUAUGCAAACUUUGAGUUUAUGGGUGUGUGUAUGUCCGUAUGUGUAUACUUUUGUGUGUACGUGUAUGCAUAGUAAAGCUAGAUAAACUUAAGUUGAGAUAA